AUGUCGUCGUCGGAGAAGCGCGCACACACACCAGACAAGGAGCACAGCGCCGAGGGAGAGCGGGCGCUGGCGCAGGUGCCCGUCGUCGAGGGCGAGGUUGCCCCCCGCCUUACGGGCUGGAAGGGCUUCUACCGCUCGACGCUCUUCCAGAUCCUCAUUGUCGGCCUGUGUGCCUUCUCGGCACCAGGCAUCUGGUCCGCGAUGAACGGUCUCGGCGUGGGCGGGUCGCAGAGCCCGAACUUGGUCAAUGCGGCCAAUGCGAUCUUGUAUGCGUUCAUGACGAUCACCUGCUUCGCCGGACCAUGGCUCACCAACAUUAUCGGCUUCCGCUGGACGCUCGCGCUCGGAUCGGUCGGAUACCCCCUCUACGCGGCGGGCCUGUACCACAACAACCGCACCGGCGCCGAGUGGUUCGUGUACUUUGGCAGCGUGAUGUGCGGUAUCUCUGCUGGCUUCUUCUGGUCGGUCGAGGGGGCUAUCGCGACUGGCUACCCCGAGGCGCACAAGCGCGGGCGCUACAUCGCGACGUGGUUCUCGUUCCGCAACUUUGGCAACAUCAUCGGCGGCUCCAUCUCGCUCGCGCUCAACCACAAGGUCAACCGCAAAGGCAAGGUGGGGUACAAGACGUACCAAGCCUUCAUCGCGAUCCAGUGCCUGGGGCUCAUCUUUGGCCUGUUCCUCUCCAACCCCGAGAAGGUGCAGCGCGACGACGGGACCAAGAUCGAGGCGCCAAGGGGGAUCAAGUGGCGCGAGGAGCUGCGCGAGAUGUGGAAGCUGCUCAAGAGCCGCCAGAUCCUGCUGCUGACCCCCUUGUUCUGGUACUUUGGCUGGAUCCAGGCGUACCCGGGCACAUACCUCGCGACGUAUUUCACGGUCCGCAGCCGCGCGUUGGGCAGCUUCAUGUCCGCGGUCGUGGGCACGCUGUCGACGUGGCUCGCGGGCAUGCUCGUCGACCUGCCGUGGGCGAAGAAGCGCCAGACCCGCGCCAUCACGACCUUUGUGUUCAUCGCACUCGUCAACUCGGGCACGUGGAUCUGGGCAGUGUACAUCCAGAACGAGUACCGCCACACCAAGCCCGUUCUCGACUGGGGCAACCUGUCGGCCUUUGGACGCGGCUUUGGCGUCUACAUGUUUGAGCGCAUCACGUUCUCCCUGGUGGAGAACUACGUGUACUGGUGCAUCUCCAACCUGUCCGACUCGCCAGGCGACUCGAUCCGCUACUCGUCCCUGUUGCGCGGCAUUGAGACGGCGGGUGUCGCCGUGGGCUUUGGCGUGCAGGCGGUCCCCACGGUGCUGAUUGCGACGGCGAGCAUCAACUGCGGGCUGUGGUUCCUGUCGCUGCCGUUUUCCUUCUAUGCGACGGUGCAGGUCGUGCGCAAGUUCAACGAGCUCGAGCGGGAACGACAAGCCAAGCUUGCCGGAACCGACUCUGUCGACGAGCACGACCGGGAAGAUGGCAGCAACCGUGCUUAGAGACGGACGGCAGACAGAUUGUCGCCUCUCGUAAUGGGGAC